UUCCCUGGUGGAGCUUUUAGUAUUUACAUCAAUAUAAUCUGAAGCCUGUCGUCCGCUGCUGUCCUCCACAGACAGCCAGACAAAGAUUCCGACCGUCGGUAGAACAGCUUCUCAUUUCUGUUUCUUUCUUAUUUUCUGUUGUUGGUUCCAGUCACGACUUCUUUUGUGCAUUUUGGAGCUGUUUCCUGUGAUGUUGGCGAGUGAUAUCCGUCUGCCGUGUGCACUGCAGUGGUGCGCAGCUUCGCCUGGAGAAACACCUGUGCGCCGGUCUCUUCUACAUGCCCACAGUCAUGAAUGUUGAGUAGAGAACUGAUAACCCUAAGGCGUGGUGUCUGUCUGCAUUUGUCUGAAAGAGCAGGAGAGGCAGCAGCAGAAAUAUCACACGGCCAGACAUCAUGCAACGAGAAACCUUCACUCGCUGCAAAGUGCUGAAAUGUUGGGCCUGAAGAGCGAGCGUGUCAGAUUGAAUCAGCAGACUGUUUCCAUCAUGGAGGGGCGAUAAGAGCUGCUUGACACUAGACCCGUGGCCCUGCGUGUGAGUGUGUCUGUGGUUUACGGCCACCUUUCAAUCACAAUCAAGAAAAGACACAUUCACUGAUCCUUCCCCGUCAUCAUUUUGCGUUUCCUACCGAUUCAGCAACCCAGAAACGAGCCAGAAUGGAGUGGUCACUUGAGAGUGUGAGGGAGAUGGUGGCUGGAGGGAUGCAGUCUAUAAGGGAGUGUGAGAUCUGUGCUUUUGCCAUAGCCAUGUGUGUGCUGCUGCUGUUUAUGUGGUACUGUUAUCGCGUGGGCCGGGAGCAUGGCUCUAGCCCUCUGCGCGGGAGGUAUCUAGCCGGCACGGGACGGAUUGGAGGUGUGGUGGGGGGCUUCAUGAGUUCAGACUGUCGUAACAGGGGAAAGGGAAAGCACGGAUCCAUGCUGGAGGAGCAGAACGGCUUUGCUUUCUGUCAGUCGUCAGAGUGCUUCCGCUGCGCCAGCGCUGGAGAGAGCCUGAACCAGAGGCUCUAUCACAGCCUGCAGGAAUACGCCAAGCGCUACACCUGGUCAGGGAUGGGCAGGGUGCACAAAGGAGUCCGUGAUCAAGGCCGGUACCUUAACAGCCGACCGACCAUCCAGCGGCCAGAGGUCUUCUUCCUGCCCGACCUGCCAUCAGCGCCUUUCUUCUCCAGGGAAGUGCAGAGACAUGACGUGGAGCUGCUUGAGCAGAGCUUCCCUGCACUCCUGGCUGAGUUCGAGAGCAUCUACCACCAGCCUCCGGGUCGCAGCGGCUCCUCCCUCCCGCCGGGGUGGAAGGCCAACAAUACUCCUCGUGGGCAGUGGUGGACCUACUACCUGGUCAACCAAGGCACCCCUCUGGUUCUAAAUGUCAGGAGAUGUCCCCGAGCAUGGAGGGUGCUGGGCCAGCUGCGCACCUUCAUCUCCAACAAUGUGUUUGGGAACGCCUGCUUCUCCGUACUGACGCCCGGGGCGCUCAUCACCGAGCAUUACGGCCCGACAAAUGUCAGGCUCCGAUGCCACCUGGGUCUCAGAGUGCCCCCUCCCUGUGAACUUGUGGUUGGUGGAGAGCCGCAGUGCUGGUCUGAGGGCAGCUGUUUGCUUUUCGACGACUCCUUCCUUCACAGGGCUUUCCAUGAGGGGAGCCAGGAGGACGGCCCCAGGGUGGUUUUCAUGGUGGACCUGUGGCACCCCAACGUGGCCGCCGCUGAGAGACAGGCUUUGGACUACAUUUUUACACCGGGCCGUUUAGAGGACAGAGAGGGGAAAUAGGUGUGAGUGAGAAGCCGUGUGUCUAAGUGAGACACAGAUGGCAUUUAGGGAGGUGUGUGUAGUAUGAGAAGCAGCCCUUUUUUUUCUUCUUCUUUUUUUUCCUGCCUCCAGACCAGCUCUCACAUUCACUGUGUACAUAUUCUCCAGCUCAUACAGUCUUGCUCUUAACUCCUCUUAGCAGAUGACCAAACAUUGGGCCUCUUUUAUCAAACACUUUUUCUCUGUCUAAUUGUAUAAAAUGCAGCCAUAUUUAAAAGUUUUUUUUAAAUAGAGGUUAGUAGGUGCACGCAGCCAUUUUUAUUAAUGUGUAAUAACACCAUAGCAGGGACCUUUUGGCUCAUUUCUUGCUGUUGUUUUGCUUUAUUUUGAAUCACUGAAUGUUUAUUUGAGUACAGAUGAAUGACGUCACCGAACAGCAAAAAUUUGGGGAUUUUAUCUUCUACUUGCGUCACAUUUAUUUUAGUUUCUGCUUUUAAAAAUUCCAGCAGUAUGCUAAUGUGGGGCAAAGUCUCUUUGCGAGCCAAGUAAUAACGCGUCACUCUGUCGCGAAAGUCUUUCACAGCACACGUCGGUCCAUAAGUCAGUCUGACCUGUUAUGUCCCAAAGAAGUGAAGUCAUUCUGCAUGAAUUAAAGACCCCUCACUUCCUUCGAGGCCUUAAGAAAGGCAAAUGGUGACAGCUAACAUCUGUUAACUCAUUUUUAACUUCAUAAUAUUUUUCUGUAACACCGCUAGAGUGGCAUUGCUGAACACAUCCUUUAUUUGUCUUUUACGAUUCACGCUCCGUCUGUUUGAAGCAAGCCAUUUUUAAGAGCCACAGUUCUGUCUGUGCCUAAGGUGACCAAAUAAGGAAAACCUUGUCAAGAUGAUGUCAGUCGAGCAAAAUAGUACAAAAAACUUUUGGGAGCAAAGCAUUUAGAGCCGUGUGAAUGCUGAACCUCUGCCCUAAACUGAUUACUUUUCCAUAACUUUGCCUCAUUAUUUAAACCUUUGACUGUGUUUAUUUUGGCAAUACCAGUUUUUUAUAUAUAGUGUAGUGUACACUCACUGUCCAGUUUAUUAGGUACACCUAUUCAUUUGCUCAUGAACCCAGAUCAUAUUAGCCACUCACAUGGCAUAAGCCCAUCUAGACACAAUCGAGGCAGCCUCUGUGUGUUCAAACUGAGCUUCAGAAUGGAAAGAAAGGUGAUUUAAUAAAUUGAAAGUGUCAUGUUUGUUGUGUGCCAGAAAGGCUAGUGUGAGGAUUUUAGAAACUUUAGAUUCACUGUACUCAAAUGACCUCCACAUUCACCAGAGCUCAAUCCAAAAAAAACACCUCUGGGAUGUAGAGAAACAAGAGAGUAGUGUCAAUGACGUGCCAAUCUGCAGCAACAGUGUGAUGCUAUCAUGUCAAUAUGGACCAAAUUCUCUGAGAGCACCUUGUUGAAUCUGUGCUACAAAGAAAGGCAAAAGGGGGAUCCGACCUGAUGAAUCUAAUAAAGGGGGUAUGUUUCAGAAAAGCUUAAAGUUCUGCUGGGGGAGAUUUGAUAAUUCAGCUUUUUAUCAUUCAACCAUAUUCCCAGCUCAGCUGUCAGAGGGUUUCAUUUAUAGUAACAUAUAGGACACACUUUUUCCUUUUUAUUGAAUGUUAACAUAUUGUUAUUGAUUGUAAUAAUUUAUAUGAAACCGCCACAUGGUUAGUGAUCAGGUAAAGGUGAAGAAAAGGCUCCGGUGUUUGUUGGCGUACUGUGCAAACUGUUGUGAUACGCACAUAAAGACAGAUUCACCCAUUUGUGCAAAACGAUUUAAUAAGCAGUGCAGGAUCCUUCUGGAAAUCUAAUUUGGAGCUGGGUGCCGUGUUGGAUUUCUGUAGUAUUCCGACCCAACUGGCAGCCGUUACGUAGAUACGGAAAUAGAAAUGGAUCGCAGAUAGAGCUGUAACACUGUUAGAGCAGCUACAGAGGAAUGUUGUCUUUGCUUGUCAGCAGUAAGGCGAACAGAUACAUCCAUGUGUGGUUUGCUAACUGAGGUCCAAUGCCGAUCAUGACGUGAAUGUUUACAGAUGCAGCUAAUGUCUCUGUCCCAGCUCCUGCCGGUGUGCUAGUCAGUCGUGCUCCCCUUUGGAAACAUCCCCCCGCUUUCACAAGACAUGGUUAGGCAAGCACAUUUUUAGAAACGAGUGUGUGAGUCGACCCGUGCCGUACCACUGGAGAUGAAGUGUUUUUGGUAAAUUUACUAAACUCUUGUAAUUUGGUUGCAUUUGAUAUGAGGUUUGUAUUUCUGUAAAUAAGGUUGAGGUAAAAAACAAAAGCAAAAAAAAUUGAAUGGUCUCAGAUGUUUGUUCUUUUUUAAACAAUUGUCUUCGAUGCUUCAAACUUUUGUGUUGUCCUGAUUUCUAGCUAAAGUGAUUGCAUUUCAUUGUCCACUUCAAAGAGCCAUCCAUGAGGUCAUUUUGAUAGAUUAAAUUAGUAUAUUCUGUAAAAUGUUUAUGAAGUACUAGCUCUGAUGUUCUGUGAUGGGUUUAUAUUCCCCUUUUCUUUCAAUCACUGUAAUUUUGCAGCACUGUAUCUAUUCUCAAGGCCACAGUCUUAACUCUUUAACAGCACUUGAUGGAUAUAUGUGCACAGUCUAAAAGCUAGUGAAAACGAGUCUUCAGCAGCUUUACUAGUCCACUGCAAUUCAAGGUACCCAUCAGUUCUAAUGUUUACAAAGGCGUGAUCAUUUCCGAGCUGUUGAGGCAUCGGAUGACGCUGACGCUCAGCUGUCAGUGAUUGGGUUCGAAUCAUGAGUGCUGUUAAUCCAUCUUAGAGAAUGAAAACUGUCAUUCCUAAAGCUUUCUACAUGAUGAUGGGGCAACUGUUUUGUUUACAUUUGGACUGAAGAUUUGUUCUUUGACACCUUCUUGUGUGAAUUUUGAACAGUAUUUCUGUACAUUUAAUAAAUG